ACAGACAGAUGUUGGAUCAGUGUACAAAUCCUGGAGGGACAAUCCAGAAUAAAAACCAGAGAACUGGUAAUCUAUCGGUCAGAAUGAAGUCCAUUUCUGUCUUCUUCUGUCUUCUGUAUGCUAUGUGGACAGAGGGAACAAGUAUCAAUGUGAUGGGAUUCGAGAGAGGAAAAGUCUCAUUCCAGUGUUCACACAGACUUGCGUGGAGAAACUUUAAAUACCUCUGCAAGGAUCCAUGUAAACAAGACACAGAUAUGCUGGCUACUGUAAAAUCUGGUAGAAGAGUGGAGUCAGGGAGGAUAACUCUGGUGGAUUUGGGGAACGGAGUCUUCACGGUGACCUUCAGUCAGCUCCAGCUGUCAGACUCGGGCAAAUACUGGUGUGCAGUGGACAGGCCUGGGUUUGACACAUUCACCGCAGUAUACCUAACUGUAAAGACAGCUGUCGCACAAGAGACAACAACUGCCACACCAGAACUUUCUGUUUCCACCUCAGCACAGUUAACAUCUGCAACAAACCUUUCAACAGCCUCAAACUGCACCAGUGGAGGAGAACAGAACAUCAGCACAGGCACGAUGUUGUACGCCACUAUCGGGGGUGUUACCACACUUACUGUCUUGGCGCUCGCAGCAUGCUUCAGGAAAUGCAAAAAAAACUCAAAACCUCGACCACAAGUUUGCUCCAACAGCACAGGCCGCGCCAGUGCACAUGUAAGACAGGCUGACUAUGAAUAUGAGUUCGUCGAGGAAGUGCGGUCUGUACAAAAAUUAUCUUGUGCUAUGCACCUAAAACAGGGCUCAGCACCUUCUGCGUCAGCAGCAGCAGAAUGUGACGACCCUCAUCAUAUCUAUGAAAACAUCUGCUGCUCCAAAAGCUUGGCAGAUUCAAAGUGUUCAGCUGCACACUUCCAAGACGAGCUUCACAUCGCCUCCGGGAUCUACAUCGAACCUUUGCCACAGGCAGUGUCUGAAAGAACUGGUGAUGGUUAUCUUGGAAAGCACCCAGAUAAACCUACACCAACCAGAAAAGUGUCAAGCAGGCCUAGAGAGAUCUGCACAAACGACGCAUCAGCUCAUCACACCAGAUCUGGCAGUGAUUACACAGAAGUGAGACCCAGAUCACUUUGGUUUGGUUUGGAUUUAUCAGGUGCAUUCUGAGCUAUACCCUCAAAGGUGGGGUUGAUACAAUAUUUAUGGACAUUGAUGGCUGACUGAACUGUAUGUCCUAUUCUGCUUUUCCAAGGAUACACAACAUUUAUUUUUCACAGAUUUUUUCCUCCAUUUUCAUUUUCAUUUGCAUUUUACAAGCAGUAACUACAGAAACUAUGAAGCUGAUAAGAAAAGGUCAAACGUUGGAAGGCUCUUAGCAAAACUGUGUAACAUACAGACACAGACUUAAAAAUAAAAAACACGCUACUUUGCUAAGCUAGGCUAGGUGGUGUGUGUUUGGAUGUGGUUGAUCAUGUCAGGAUGCACACGUAUUUGAAUGUGUGUGUUUAACGUGUGUAAAAGCGCGUGAGUCUGGAGAGGGAACAUUCAUCUUCAGUACAUCCGUGACAGUAAUAAGAUUUGUCUGUACCUUGAAAUACACGUCAGCACUUUUAAGCUGAUAAUAACUCUUUGUAUUUUUCUACUGAUAUUUCUGUUGUUAUGCACCAAAACACCAAGGCACUUUGCCUGUAUGUGAAAAAUCCUACCUGGUAAUAAAAAUGA